AUGUUGGCCGCACGCGGAGUAUCGCUGGGUCUCGGAAAGAUAAAUUUGUCGGAUUUGAACCAGUUGCCACAGGAUCGGUGAGUCUUUUCGCUUUUUGUGCCGACGGGGUAACGUAGCAAAUCGAAUAAGCCCGGGUUUUGCCUGAAAUCGAAUAAAAACAGCCAAACGUUGCCCCCUUUUAUGAGUUUUAUGUGGCCAAAACUAUGACUAUGACUCCCGGCUCGCCAAAACAAAUGACAGUGAUGCGUGGUCCCGUCUGUUGGAGAGAUCCGCACUCGUUCCCGGCUUGCAAGUGUCCCAGACCGGUUAGACCGACGGAUUUGGAGAUUUAUAGGAAUAGUGUCGAUUUGUGAGUUUUGUAGGCUCAAAAGUUUGCUUCAGAGCCGGAUUUUUAGUACCUCAAAGUCCCCUAUUCUCGCCUGAUUAUUGUCGCCGUUUUAAGAAUGUACAGAGAAAUUGAAUCAUAGCUCGAGAACGAAACAUUUUCAGACAAAAUGAUCUGUUACAAAGUUGUAGAGCACAAAAUUUGCAACAAGUUUUUAGUUGACAACGUUUUGACACCUCCAUCCGUAGCUGAGAUAAAUCGUCUUGAAUUGGGGGGGAGCUACAGUUUUUCCACAUAUUCCUCAAAAAAAAAGAAGCAAUUUUCAGAAUCCUGGCGGCUCAUCUCAAAAAGUCGAUAGACGCAAAGAACAAAAAGCCAAAGAUCAUCAUCAAAAAGAAGGCGGACGCGAAGGUCAUUUCCAUCCAAAAUUGCCCAAACUCACGAACUUUUCCUUCCGUUGGGCACACAUUUUGGCCCAAAAUUUGAUUUGCUUCGAGAGCCCUCCCCAAUUUUGUGUGUGCGUGUGUGUGUGUGUGAAAAAACGAAAAUUGAACGAAAUAGAGGAACCUCCCACUUUCGAAGAGAGUUUCUGCUCAAAUUGACUUCUUCCCGAAGGUACAAUGCUCCGAAAUUCCGUACCUUUUUGAAAAACGCUUAUAACUCAAGAACCAAUCAUUUUCCAGCAAAAUAAUCAACUACAAAGUUGUUCAGCACGAAAUUUGCAAUACUUUUUCAGUUGACCACUUUUUGGAACAUCGAUUGGUUCUAGAGAUAUAGGCGGAAUUUCGGAGUCUCGUACUGACAACGAGCUUUGACCGAAACUUGAUCUGUGCGUAAUUCCGGAGCCUCGUCAGAAAUGCAAAUGAACUCUCGCCGCUUUCCCAUUCCGGAAAAUUCUCAGGGGAACCCUGUGAAACGUCACCCAACCACUUUGAAGUAUAUUGAAUUUGAAUCCUCCUCUCUCACACUCGAAACUCUAACUUUCAUUAUAAAAAUGAACAACUCGCUUUCUUGACACCGGAAAUUUCAUUUCAUUUUCGACACCUCUCGGUGCUCGGCGAGCAAGCACCGGAAAUUGUGCACGCAGUUUUGAGCAUGUGUAAUAUUCCCUUAAACACUUUCUUCUUCUGCUUUUCCUCUGGCGAAAGUGUUCUGGCUCACAGAAAUAUGAUGAUGAGUGAGAGUAUCAUCAUCGUUCCAAAUGCAUAGGAGAAGAAGAAGAAGAAGAAAAAAUAUCCCCCCCCCCCUUUUUUUUCCCUUCCAUUUCCUCAGCCUAUCCGUUUUUUUUUUUGAAUGGACCCUCUAACAAGGCCAGUUCUUCUUCGUGCACUCGCCGAGCACAGAGAAAAUGUUUUGGAUAUUGUAGGCUUACUUGAGAGUGUGUAGCAUCCGAUCAACUCUGAAUGAGUAUUGUAGGUUUCCGAGACGUCCCCAAGUUCCAGAAUCUUGUCUUCAAACGCUUUAUAUAUAAAACUUUAUUCGACGAUCACUUCCUGGACGACUGUACCUGAAGCCCCAUGAAUUACAGUACUCUUAGAAGGCGUUGUACAAAAAAGUUGUCAAGUGGCAAAAUAAAGUUGAUGUAUAGUGCUCUACUUUUGUAGUUGACCAUUUUUUCAUACAACCAUGCCUAAGGCUACUGUUGCUCUUGAAAGUAGGGACGAGUUGAAGGCACUGAAAAGUUUUUGCAAAACGUGAUACUCAUUCAAAGUUUCGCAACAAGACUAAAUCCCCUCAUUGUUUUCUUUCGAACAAAAUCGCCCCCCUCUCACUCGUCCAUUCCUUCGCCACAUUCAAUUAAUUAGAGUGUGUCCUGUUCCGCUUCCCUUUCUCUCUCCAUUUCGUUUUUUGCGAACCCUUCAUUUUUCCAACGUCUUUUCACACUUCCAGACCUUUCCUUACUAUUAAAAAUGCGAAAGUGUCAAUAUUCGCGAGUGGCCACUUCGGAAUUUGAAGUUGCGCCCACGACUUCUUCGAACGGCGUCGAGAGGGCGUUCAAGGUGACCAGAUCCAAGUUUCAGCACGAUAAGGUGAACAUUCACUCGUUUGACAUGGAUAUUGUAGAGUUUGGAGACGUUGUAAGUCUCUAGAAACUUUUUUCUUCUGACAAAAAUUGUACUUUCUAACACCUUCGAAUCCUCAAAAAGUUGGGCAAAACAAACAAAAACAACUUUUUUCCCGCAUGCGUGACACUUUUUUUCUGUGAAGACGCCGCCUAAUUGACAGUAAAGUAAUUGUGUUCGGGGGUAGAAGCUCCGCCCCAUUUCGGAUGGCUCCGCCGCGAACUCCUCUUGAGAAUUAGGAAGAAGGAGCGGAACGAUCUGUGUGUUUGUUUUGACUCUCUAUCUCGCGCCUCCUGCCCGGCUCCACUCUCAAACUCAAACUCUCAUAAUAUAGGUAACAGAAGAAGAAGGAGAGAGAGAUAGAGAGAGAGAGAGAGAGAGAGAGAGAGAGAGAGAGAGAGAGAAAGAGCUCAAGAGGCUCCAGCUUGCUCCACAAGCAUAUCUUUUACCCAUUCUUAUUUAUUCAAAUUAUUGUACUACUACUGCUGUUGGAGCUCUCUGAAGUUUGAGCCGUAACCUGAAGCCCAAAGCCCAAAGCCGGAAUGCCAAUGGUGAGCCUACAGGCCCGUCGAGCAUUCCUCGCCUCCUACUAUGCAGCUAACAAACGGGUAAGCCUAGUGUUAUAUGAAAUGAAAAAAAGAUGAAAUCCCAUCCCCACCCGGUUCCCAUGACAACCCAAUUCACACUUUUAUUCUUCUUCUUCUUCUUCUUCCCCUUCCCCUUUCCCUUCACGCCUUUCUCUCUCUCUCUCUCUUCUCCCCCCAACACUUCCUUUUGCGUCUAGAAAAAGUGUGAUGAAAGUGGACAACCCCCACCCCCACCUCCUUCCAUUUGGGGCCAUAACACACGAGUUUCGCACGCGGAGAAUGUAUCAAAAGUGGAGGAGCUUCGAAAUUUUGGUACGUUUUAGAUCCUGUCACAGUGUUUUUUAAAGAUUUUCAUCUCACUUGCUCUCCACUUCUCCAUCUUGUAGUUUCUUUGUAGUUUCCCAUAGCCUGUACGUAUACAGGUCGACUUUUUGAGUUCCAUGCAAAAAUAUGAACUUACAAGCAACUUUGGACCAUGAAAUUCUGCCGGAGGUUUUUUUUUAGAAAAUGGAACCACACCUAACACUGAUCCAGCUAUCCUUUCAAUCAAAUUCUCUGGAUCCGUCAAGUUUUUCGGAUUUCCGUUGCACGGGCGGGCCUUUUCCAAAUUUUUCGGAUUUUUCGUUGCCAAUAAGAUUUUGCGUAAUGCACAACGGAUAUUCGGAUAUUGUAACUUUAAGGUUGACUAUCAAAAAUCGGAAAAACCGGAAAAACCACAGGUUUUUCUGUCCAAAGUCGGCCGAAAUUUGCGUGAAAAACGGGGGUGCGCACAGCUCAACGAAAACAAAUGUAACCGUACCCCUAAAACUACGGUAUUUUUUGAAAAUUUGCGCAAGAAAUUUGAAUAUUUUCAAAUAUCCUCAAGAAAUUAGCAAAUUUUAAAAAAAUAUCGUAGUUUUAGGGGUACGGUUACAUUCGUUUUUGUUGAGCUGUGCGCACCCCCGUUUUUCACGCAAAUUUCGGCCGACUUUGGACAGAAAAACCUGCGGUUUUUCCGGUUUUUCCGAGACUUUGGACGCGGCAUUAAGGUUGACUAUUGAAGAUCAGAAAAAAACCGUUACCCUAUAGUUAACUACGUGCGAAACUUCACUAGCAAACUGGAAAUCCCUGAAAACCCAUACCGUCGUAUAGGGGUGCCGAAUUCUAAUCCUAGCCAAAUUUCUAGCUUACAGCAAAAGUUCAUAGUAGCAAAACACUUAAAAAUGUCGUAUAAUCCAAUACCGAACCCCAACAAUUCUGACGUCUUCUUCUUCUUUUGAAAACGAGGAUUAGUGGCGCGUAAGUGGACAGACACUAGUACAACUCAUAAUCCUGCCCGCUCCAACCGAAACAUUUUCCCUCCGGCACCCAGAUUAUCUGCCUCCUCCGCUAUUUAUCAUUUGUGCGCCGCGACGGCCGACGAGACGAGCAUUUCGCGGGCCCAGCCACCCGUUUUGGAGCCAGAAAUUGAAUUUUGUGGACGCUUUCAUUCGCAAAAUCGUUUCUGUUGUCUUGUGUGUGUGCUGCAAAAUUUCAACACAAUACUGUGUGCCCAGUGUGUCAAGUGUAAGAGGCCACUUGAAGCGCCAAUUCUGACCGCUCUACCAGUCGGUAUUACGCACACACAAACACGGUGGAGCACAGAGCAAAAGAGCUCAAAAGAGACGGCUCAAAAUAGCUGAGUGCAGUGGGAAAUUCUGCUGCUGGUGCUGUGCUGUGCGAAAAUGGAUCGAGUAGGUUCCAUUUUUGUCCACAAUCUGAGAUCUAAGGUCCACCAGCCUGAGACGGCCCAAAACCUAAAAUCUAAGAUUCAAGGCCUAAAGCCCCGAAUUGCGGCCGCCGGAAAACCGAUCAAAUUUUGCAGACAGUGUGGGCGGCAUGCCGAGCAGUCAUUUUCGGAUGCAUUAUAAUAGUUGUCGGGCUGGCGAUGACCGUACUCGGCUACUUUGACAAGUACUUUUCGGAGGUAACCCCCGUUUUUUUUUUGGCCGAAACUUUUCACCUAGGAUAAACUUUCAGAAAAUCGAGAUAAUCGACGGCUCGGAGCAUGUGACCUACGAUCGAAUGGUACAAUAUCAGCUGAAAAGUAUGCAGGUAUGAGCUCGUGAACACUUCUUUUCCAACUUUGCCAACUUUUCACUUGUUCAGUACCUCGGUCCGAUCCUAAUGGGCAUCGGCUCGUUCAUUCUGAUCAUCGCCUGCGUGGUCACCCUGGAAAGUCGUGACAAGCACGCACAAAUAAUCACGGAAGAGUCGAUACUUCAAAAACGACGACGAUUGUUGUCGGAAGAGGAGAAAGCGGAGCACAACGACGUGUUCAUUGACGACGACGACGAUAAGGAGGCGUUCUUUGGCGAUGGAAGGUUAGUUAGCCGGAAAAAUUGAUGUAACUCAGCUGAUGGUAGAAAUAUCGAAAAAUUGUGAACUGAUAAAAUGUGCACAGUGUUAUAAUGAACAUUUUACUAGUUGGCAGCUGAGAUAUAGCCUGUUGAAUAAACGGUAUUAGCCACCAAAUAGUAGUAAUUUUCUAAAAGUUGUUUUCCAGAAGGUUCGUGGCCCUGGAUGCGAAUCGAUUGGCUCCGUUGGCCGAUGUGGACUCGUUAGGCGACAUUUCACUGACACAACGAGGCGGCUCCGAUUCUAGAUUACGUGAGUUUUUAGAGUUACCGAUAAAGACAUCGAAAAGUUGUCAACUGCGAAAAUGUACACAAUGUUGUGAUGAACAAUUUAUCAGUUGACAGCUUUUUGAUAUCUCAUCGGACAGCUGAGAUAUAAUGUCUUGAAUAAAAGGCACUGGGGGUACUCUCUUAUGUAUUUACGGUAACUUAUUGCAGAUUCGGAAGAAGUGUGCAUGGAAGACCAGUACACUUUCGAUCACGAGCAAGGAGAAGAAGAAGAAGAAGUAGAAGAUGAACCGUUCCCUCAAGACCCCCUCCCGCCGCCUUCCCUGAUCGUCGAGUGCUCCGAGAGCUCAGCAAAUCGACGAGAAGUGCCGACUGAAGAAAUGCCGUCGAAACCGAAACGACUACGGCUGGAAAUGUUGGCUGCGGAGCUCGACUAG